AUGGCACAUGAUGAUGACCAUUCUGCUCAAUUGGAAUAUAGUCUGACAGGAGGCGGUGAGCGCUACUUCAGAAUUGAACCAGGAACAGGGAAAAUUACCACCCUGGAGAGGGAUGAGUCGAGUCGACUGGACAGAGAAAUGACCCAAGAAGUGACGUUCUUUGUUCUCGUGAAGGACGCGAAGACGAAGGAAGUACCGAGCAAGGCCGACGCACCAUCUGUCGUGCACACUGCGACGACAACCGUGACCGUUGAGCUGAUGGAUGAGAACGACAAUGCGCCCUCUUUCACGGAUCUUGGACCGUUCCAUCUGUCGGAGAACUACCCCAAGCACUCCAAACUCAACGGACACCUCCACGCCGAGGAUCCUGAUCAAGGACUUAAUGGAAAGGUGAAGUACAGUCUCCAGGAUGUGUGGGACACGAAUACUCACAUCCGGAAACACAAGCUCUUCCAGCUGGACGAGACUACGGGUACACUGCGUGCUUUGGAGCCGUUGGAUCGUGAACAGACAAAAGAGUACACCCUUCGUGUGGUGGCGUGCGACAUGGCACCACGGGAUUCCCGCUGUACUUACACCAACGUCUCUGUCUCCGUGGUCGACGUCAACGACAACUCUCCCGAAUGGCUAUUUCCCGUCGGCGGUGGUGCCGAAGGUGCGGAAUCUGUGAACAUCACUUCUGAUGCCGUGGCGGGUCAGGUGGUGGCACAGCUUGUGGCGCACGACAGGGACGAUGGGAGCAAUGGACAAGUGCGUUACUCUCUCCACGAUCCUCACAGCCAGGUCGCUUUCGCCGUGAACUCUACCACCGGCCAGGUCACCGUCGCCAAUCGAUACUACGCUGGAGUAAUCGAUGCUAAUGGCCAGCAGUCGCAACAGCAUCAACAGCCUACACUGAAUCCUGGCGUCUAUCGUCUGAGAAUCCGGGCUUCUGAUAUGGGCCACCCACCGCGAUACUCUGAUACCUGGCUUACGAUUCGUGUCGUCGGUGCGAAUUCGGGAAUUUUUAGUAUCCAGACGGGGAUCGUUAUCAUACUGGUUGUCGUCACUUUGGUGAUCGCAGUCAGUCUCAUCGCAGUCAUAAUCUGCAUUCGGCGACAGAACACAAGCUGUAAACCGCCAGGACGUUCCGGCUCUACUAGUGGUUGUUAUUCCAGCAAGGUCCGCCAUCAACACUCGACGCCCUGUCACGCCCCAAGCUACGUACUCCCGCCAUCUUACCCCCACUCCGAAUACCCUACCUUCUUCAAACAAAACGGUGGCGGACCUGCCUACGUACUGGCUAAAACCGCGGGCAGCGUCUGUUCGAGCGACCAGUGCGAAGGCAGCGCCGGCGGCGUCUGCCCCAUCACCGAGAUGGGGGUGACUGAGUUCUACGCGCCGUAUGGUCUGGUGACGAGCAGCGGUCUGUCUGAGGAGCAGGUCCGCUUCCUGGACGUCGACACGGCCGCUGGUGGCGCGGCGUAUCUCUCAUUCGCGAGAAGCAACCCUGAAGGUCCGGCGUCGCCGUCGGUGCGACUUGUCAACGCCUACCCCAUCACCUACAACACCUGUGACUCCACCGGCCAACUGCCCACCACCUCAGGGGCUGGGAUGCUCAAGUUUCGACAGACGUCUGGAUCGCCGGAGUUUCUGUACUCAAGUCAUCCCAACGGUGAGGAGGUCUUCGAACUCCCAGAAUGUCCAGUCAGCGGGGGCUUGUCUUCACAGUACAGCGGCACUCAUCAUGUCCACCCCCACCGCCACCCCGUCUCCCCAUCAGAGCAGUUCGAGGGAGGAUCAGCGGAUUCGGGAAGGGGUGUGAGUGAGGACGAGCCGCCCCCACCCCACAUCAUUCAGUGCAACGGCAGUUCUGACUGUCUGCCGCCUUCCAACACAUCCACGUUCUUUUGCCAGGGUUCUGGGUCGUUGGUUACGACGAAAAACUACGUCGUGGGCUGUGGAACACCCUUGAAAGAGGAUCGUACCUCGUCUGGUGGUACGUAG